UAUGCAAACUGAUCACAUAUAUCUUGCCGGAGAUGACUCAGUAGAUAGGAUUGGAUUUAUUAGGAAGUGUUUGUAUUCUGUUUAAUGCCGGGCAGGGCACGCUCCAAUUGAAUGAUGUACAUAUCACCUAUGAAAUUGGUAUAAAAUCACAUCCGCCAUCUUUGAUGACGUCACACUACCGUGUUUAAUGUCAGCCGGUGAACGAGACAAGUGUUUGUUAUGCACAACGUGAUUCGAUAAAAUUAGCUGAAUUCGGCUGAUACAAGAUGGCGUCAAAAAGGGCGUUCGACAGCACCGAAUACCAAAACUGGCUGAGGCAGUGGAGGGCCGUCUUCGCCACGAGGAGAGCUCUACUGCCAUCUGUUAAGUCAAAGGCUAGCCAUCUGCACAAUGGUAUUCUACAGAAAGCAUCGAAUGAGCAGACUUGUUCAUCAGACCAUGGUGAUAUAUAUGACCGGCAACCAAUACCUUGUCGAUUCCAUGAAAAACUUCGAAAUGAAAUCAAGGUCCUACACACAAGAAAGAAACCUUCCUGGAGAAACGCUUCGACUGACACUUGGCAGGACUCAUUUGAUGUCGCCAAGUUAUUCAUGCAACCAGCAGGGUAUGAUGAUAAAUCUUCGUUUGAUGAGAUUGACUUCAACGGACUGGCAGCCUUCAUAUAUAACUGUGGGCAAUACACUUCAACUGUAAAAACACUAUCUGACGAGGCUCGGAAGUACGUCAACAAGAUCCGGCACAUGCCAGACCUAUGCUCAAGUGCUCUGACAGACCAGGCCACCACUGAGUGUAUAGACAGCAUGCUUGCGUUGCUUAACGACCCAGAUUUCCAGGGAGAUCCAGAUAUACUAGAAGCAAGGAAACAGCUGGAUAAGUUAAAGACACAAAUUGAAGAGCCCAGCUCGGCCUUGUUGAAAUAUAUUAUCGAAGCUACUGUGCUUAGAGGCGUCCAAGAUAUUACGGAAUUUGCUUCUGCUAAAGAAGGCGAAUGGAGUGAAAAAGCUAGUGCGAUAAAGGGUGACUUUGAGAGGCUCGGUGAUGUUUUAACGUCAAGUUUACAGGAACACGGAAAGAGCGCCAGUGACGAUAUUAAGAACUCGUUUGAAAAUGCUCGUGCAAAGUUGGAUUCAUGUAUAGAAAAUGCUAAGAAAAUUCUCAUUCAGGCAACCAAAGAGGAAAUAAUCAAACUAGAAGACGCUGCUAAGUCCGGGAAACUUGAACUCGAAAGAGUAGCAUUACAAACCACUUUAGAUGGAAAACGGGAACUAGAUAUAACGACUGGUAAAGGAAAACAAACACUUAAAGAUUCAGCGGUGGCGGGACGGGAUGAACUAUUUGAAAUGACAAAGGACGGAAAAUGGGAACUCAUUAAAACCGUUAAAAGCGGAACAAGACAACUGGAGGAAGCAACUGCGGAACUACAUGAAAUGACUAUGGUCGGAAAACUUGAACUCAUGAGAACCUCUGAGAAAAUAACAAGACAACUUGAAGAUAUAAGUGCGGAUGGAGGAAAAGAACUACUUGUAACGACAAUGGACGGAAAACUUGAACUCAUGAAAACCUCUGAGAACAUAACAAGAUAACUUGAAGAUGGAAAAAUCGAACUAUUAGAAACGACAAUAAGCGGGAAAGGGGAGCUGAAAGACGCGAUUGAAAGCGGAAAAAACGAGCUGAAAGGAUUGAUCAAAAGUAAAAAACUGACGAGCAUGAAUGA